CAAAACUUUUGUUCUAUGGAAGUGUUUAUGAACUGAAAGUGCUUUUGAGUUGUUUCUACUCCCAGAGAUCAUUUCUGUGGAUUAACCGUUCGUUUGGUGACUGAGGCACCGUUAGACGUUCCGUUUCACUCGUUUCUCACGGCACUACUCUGCUGCGGACUGCCAUCGCUGCAAGCCCUUGUGGUUUUCAUCUUUAACUUGAGCAACUGGGGACGAGCCGAGGGGAGUGCAGGUCUUCUUCGUCAGGCAUCUGCUUUGAGGAAAUCGUUUGCCUCUUAUUUUUCAGCUAUCUCUCUUCAAAAAACUUCCGAAAUCGAUUCCUCUUGAUGUCUUGUUGUCCAAGACUAAAAAUCUUCCAAAGAAGGCAGUUUUUCUAUGGGGCUCAAGUCAAAUAAAGAAACUAUUGCAACUUAAUGGACUUUUCAUUAUGGAUGAUAAUAGCAGAAAGACCGAGAUCCAUCAAGAAUUCAGAACACCCAAUAAGGAGGAUACUUCUAUUGAAGUAAAGGUUUUAUUUUUUGCCAGAGCUCGAGAUUUAACUGGCUUGACAGAUACAUCACUGAAAUUACCAUCAGGUAGCACUGCAAAUGACUGUUUAGAUAAUGUCUUGGCUAAAUUUCCUAGCUUGGAAGAGAUCAGAGGUUGUAUGGUAUUGGCUCUGAAUGAGGAAUACACUCCAGGAUCCACAUUAGUUCGUAAUAAAGAUGAAGUGGCGAUCAUUCCUCCAAUAAGUGGAGGUUAAAGUGAUGAAAAUCAGGCUUCAUUUUGAAAAAAGUAAAAAAAGAAAAAGAAAUAGUGGAGCACAUAAUCUUCUGUUUGUACCAUGGCACUUUGUACCAAAUCUUCUAUAAUAAUAUAUGCUGAACUGGGAGCAUUCAUAUUUGUUA